UUCACAGAUAACUCUUUCUUGCUUUUCAUAUUCGCAUAUGCACCUGCACGCAACUGCACAAGCACCUACACAUGUUUUCUUAUCUGCAUUUCCCUUCUGGGGUUUCAAUAAUUUAUCAUGGCGAUGAAUAACAAUCCUUUUAUUUUUUACAACGCUACAAAUGAAUAUCCUUUUGAGAGCAAAUAUUAUACUCCUACUGAAUUCAGUGAAACAUUUCAAGAUGAUAUAGAAGAUGUUAAAUUAUUGCAUAUCAAUGCCAGAAGCUUAAACAGGAAUUUUGAUGAUCUUCAAAAUCUUCUCGAUUCAUUGAAACAUUUUAGAUUCACUGCAAUUGGAAUAAGUGAAACUUGGUUACACCAAUCUUCCCCACCAUUGUUUAAUUUACCUAACUAUAAUUUAGUCAGAGCUGAUCGUAUAGGAAAGAGAGGCGGUGGCGUCGCAUUUUAUGUAGCCAAUCAUUUAAAUUUCAAAAUUCGAAAUGAUAUUAAAUUUGAUCAAACAGAAGUUCUCUUUAUUGAAAUUGACAAUCUUCAAUGCAAAAACUUAAUUUUAGGUGUAAUAUAUAGAGCUCCUGAUACUCACUUUGAUCUAUUUUAUGAUAAUUUCGAGCAAUGCGUUAGCAAAUUAGCAAACGAAAAUAAGCAGAUAUAUUUUCUCGGUGAUUUUAAUGUCAACUUUCUUCCAUUGCAUCAGAACAAUCUUUCUAAUAGGUUUCUGCAACUGAUGAAUUCAUUUGGAUUUUAUUCUUUCAUUAACAGACCAACUAGAAUUAACAUACACUCCUCAACCUUAAUUGAUAACAUAUUUUCUAAUAUACACGACAAAAAGAUAACUGGAGGAUUGCUGUAUUCCGAAGUAUCUGAUCACUUGCCUAUAUUUACUGUGUGUGGAAAAUCAUUGACUCGUUUUAAACCACCACAGCAUUUGAUGUAUCGGAAAGAAACCCCUCGUAAUAUUGAAAUGUUAAAACAAGAUUUAUUAUUCGAAGAAUGGAAUGAUAUCCUAAAUACAAAUGAUGUGAAUACUGCAUAUGAAUAUUUUAAUUCAAAGCUACAAUUCUAUUACAAUAAAAACAUUCCACUUGUAAGAAAUAAACGUAAACGUAAUACACCCAUAAACCCAUGGAUAACGAAAGGUAUACUUAAAUCUAUAAAAACAAGAAACCGACUUUAUAAACAACAUUUGAAAAACCCUACGGAUACAAGUCUAGUUGUGUACAAAACGUAUCGUAACAAUUAACAAAGUUAAUUCGUUUUUCUCGCAAGUUACAUUUCUCAAACAAAUUACAAAAGGUAAAAUCCAACUCAGGAGCUACAUGGAAAGUUAUAAAAGAAAUUAUGGGAACAAAAAACGAGACUAUACCUAAAGAUAACCUUACUUUCAAUGGUAACAAAAUCACAGAUUCUAACAACUAUGCCGAUAGCUUUAAUUCUUUCUUCACUAAUAUUGGUCCUCAACUUGCCACCCAAAUUGCUACUCCGAAUAAUGCUCAUUUUACUGAAUUCUUUUCAGAACUGAUUCAAGACUCUUUAUUUUUAAGACCGACAAACCCGAAUGAAAUCAUUAAUAUUGCUAAAUCAUUAAAUUCUUCGAAAUCCAAAGGUCAUGAUAACAUUAACACUUCACUUUUAAAGGAAAUAAUCCAUUUCAUUGCUGAUCCACUAACACACAUAUUUAACCAGUCUUUACAAUCCGGUAUUUUCCCAGACUUGUUAAAAAUAGCCAAAGUAACC